AUGGAAGGCGAAUUUGAUGCGAGUAAAGCCCGAACCAGAGUAAUUUCGCAUCCUCUUGUUCCUGUGUUUCUAGUGCAUUUGCAGAUGGGUGAAAAGCGAGUUGAUCAAGUUGUUAUUAUGAACACUGGCAGCUCGUUGUUUUGGGUCCAAUGUGAACCAUUUUCAGGGAUGGUUAAUACAUUGUACACCACAUUUAAUCCAUCAACGUCGGGAAGUUAUGAUGCUGAGGUCGAUUGUGACAGGUUCUGUGCCUAUCCUGUUAGAUGCCAAAAAGAUUUUGACGAUUUUCGCAGUUACGAGGUAGCGUAUUUGGGCGGUUAUGUUGGAGGAUUAUUGGCAUAUGAUGACAUAGUUUUCAAGCCAUUUUAUGAUGAUGAAUCCAUCAUUUCCGACGUUGUAUUCGGAUGCACUCAUAAUGAAACCACCCCUUUCGACAUAGCCAAUGGAGUUCUAGGACUUGGUGCAACUGAACUUUCACUAGUUUCACAGUUGAGGAGGUCUGAUCACAAAGAUGGUGCACUUAUUGACACAGGUUCUAGCGUCAGUUUUCUGCAAGAUAUAGCUUACAAUAAGCUUGUAGGAAAGAUUGCUGAAUUCGUAGGGACCUCGUUAGAGAUAGGAUACAUUACCUCUUCUGGAAACAUUAGCCGGCUUUGCUUCAAGGGACAUUUGCAUAGGGACUUCGAGGAGUUUCCCAUUGUUACAUUCCAUUUUGAGCAUGGGACAACUAUGAGACUUGAUAAAGGAAACAUUUUUACGCAAUCAGGACAAAAUCUUGUUUGUUUGAAUGUGGUAGAUGCCUCGCAGGAGAGUCUAGGUUCUAGCCUUAUUGGUGUUAAUCUCCAACAAUUUCACUACGUGUCAUAUGAUAUCUUGAACAAAGAAAUUGGUUUCAUGAUGAUGGACUGUAGAGCUCUGAGGCAAGUUUGCUUAUCAUGUGGGGAAUCUUAUUUGCCGGAGGAUGAACUGCUUAUGUGA